AUGCUCUGUCGCCCCACCUCAACCGUUCGAUCCUACUUCUAUCGCGCGAUACCUCGUACUCGCUCUUGCACGCGCUCGCCUCCCUGCAUCCCCAUGUCGACCGCACCUGUAACGAAGAAGCCUCGAACGGCCCCAUUGAUCGGCACUCACUCGGGUACCUUCCACGCCGACGAGGCGCUGGCUGUGUUUCUUCUGCGCCUGCUUCCCGAAUAUGGUCAAGCGGAGAUCGUGCGAUCGCGUGAUCCCGCUGUGCUUGAUGAAUGUACCGUCGUCGUCGACGUAGGCGGAACCUACGAGCCCGAGCGACUGCGCUUCGACCAUCACCAGCGCGGCUUCAACGAGACUUUUGGACAUGGCUUCGUGACCAAACUUAGCUCCGCCGGGCUCGUGUACAAGCACUUUGGUCGAGCUAUCCUUUCGCACGUACUAGACCUACCGCAGCAGUCGCCGUCGAUCGAUACGCUUUACCUCAAGCUCUACGCCGACUUCGUCGAAGCGUUCGAUGGAAUCGACAACGGCAUCGCUGCACAGUCAGGGCCUUCUCUCUAUAAGUCACGCACUGAUAUUUCGUCACGAAUCGGUCAUCUCAAUCCGCGCUGGAACGAGCCGCACUCGGAUGCGAUCCUUGAUGAGCGCUUCCUCAAGGCGAGUCACUUGGCCGGCACUGAAUUGCUCGAGCGUGUCGACUACACCGCCAAGGCAUGGCUGCCAGCACGCGAGAUUGUGCUCGAGGCAUUACAAUCUCGCAAGGGGGUACACGGCUCUGGACGAAUAUUGCUCUUCUCGAUGUUUGCGCCUUGGAAGGUUCGUCGUUUCAACUUACUGUCGCCCCGGCUCGAGCUUGUUAACCAACGCCGAUUCUUCACCCGCUGUCAUUCACCAUUGUAGGAACAUCUACACCUGCUUGAGCAGGAGCUUUGUAUCCCAGAAAGCGAGCGUCCGUGGUACGUGCUUUACCCCGAAGGCAGCGACAUGUCUGGAAAAUGGCGAGUUCAGGCCGUACCGAUGACACAAGAGUCAUUCGAGUCACGCUAUCCUCUGCCUGAGGUGUGAGUUUUGCAGCUAGGGCUGGAAGAAAUGUCCCACAACUGCUCGAUCGCAUGAUGAGCGUCUUUAAUCGAAAUACACGUUGGCUCGCUUUCAGAUGGCGCGGCGUUCGGGAUGAUGCUCUCUCCAAGUUGACUGGCAUCGACGGCUGCAUUUUCGUUCAUGCGGCGGGCUUCAUCGGAGGUGAGUGUAGCAGUGUUCUAUGCACCGUAUGAUGGGCUAAACCUCUUGUGGAGGAAUGAUUAAUUCUCCACAGGUAAUCAAUCAAAGGAAGGCGCCAUGAAAAUGGCCAUCGAGGCUCUGCACUUUUGA